AUGUUUGCGGUGUUCCGAUGCCUCUUGCAAGAGCAACGAAAACUGGAUAGCUUCGAGCGCGCUUUCACGCAGCUGCACAGCUACACCUGCGAUGGACAAGAGCCAGACUACAAGAAGUUCCUCCGGGUCAACCAUGAGAAGGUCCUUGGCGCGGCAGCCGAGAAGGAGAAUGGCCGACCCCAGCUCAUCGCGUACCCCCAGGGCGCCAAGGCCGGGCCCAGCGUCUUCCCCCGGACUCGCUGGAACAAGGCCCACACCGCGGAGCUCUGCGACCACAAGGCCUCCGCGCGGGGCUCCGCGCGAGCCGCGAGCGAGUUCGUGGAGUGCUACUCCACGAUGGGCAGCUCCUGCGCCGCCGGCUGCGGCUUCGUGGAGGCCAUCGACAGCCAGCCCCAGAUCUUGGUGGCCAACUCCUUCAAGACGCGGGCGGCGAAGAAGAACCCGGCCUUCAUCUUGAACGUGGGGGACAACUUCUACUGGGGUGGCAUUGAGAAGACCUGCGGCACUCCGAUGGAUGAGCUGUCUUACACCGCCCAUCACCAGUUCGACCAGAUCUAUGAAGGCAUCUACAAUGGCCCAGGCCUCGAUGGCAAGGUCUGGCUUAGCGUGCUUGGAAACCACGACUGGGGAGGCCGUGUCUUCAACAACGGCUGGGACCAGCAGAUCGCCUACACCUGGAAGAGCAACCGCUGGCGCCUGCCUGCGGCCUACUGGAGCCAGAAGGUGAACUUCGUGGAUGCCGGGUUCACGAUGGACAUCUUCAUGGUGGAUUCCAACGCCAUGGAUGCCGAAGACUUGGACGAGGACCCGGAGCACAACAUCUGCGGGGCCAAGCACAACCCGCCGGGAGCCAGCUGCGCCUCUCAAGGUGGGCCGGAGUCUCUGGACUCCUGCAAGCAGUGGUUCUGGGAUUUGUGGUCCGCCAACAAGGCCUGGCUGGCAGAUGGUUUGGCGAAGAGUGAGGCCGACUGGCAGGUGGCAGUGACUCACUUCCCCUGCGGCUUUGAGGCUGGGUUCUGGAGUCAGAUGCACAACCAGCACGGACUUGAUCUGCUGGUAACCGGACAUCGCCAUGACCAAGAGCUAUGGAGCCCCAGCAGGAUGGGAGGUUUGACCUGCUUUGUCACUGGCGGCGGUGGCGGCAUCUCUUCGGAGGCAACACCCAACAUCCACAACAAGAAGGACUGGUACGGGGAGGCUCAGUACGGCUUCUACGACAUCGCAGUGACCAAGCAGUCCAUGGAGAUCACAUCCAUCAACUGGAAUGGCUACGAGAUCAUGACUCGCAAUGUCUACCCCAAGUGA